AUGGCCAAAGCCGUCGAAAAAGUUUUAGGACAAUUCAAAGAAAGAUUUGGAAGAUAUCCAAAAACAGCCCAAUUCGACGACGGAAAAGAAUUUUAUAAUGUCGGCGUCAAAUCAUUGAAGGAACACAACAUUCAUUAUUUUUCGACGGGGACGGAUAAAAAAGCGGCGAUCGUCGAAAGAUUCAACAGGACGUUAAAAACAAGAAUGUGGAAAUAUUUUACGGAAAAUAAGACAAUCGUCUGGGUAGAUGUCUUGCCGGAUUUUGUAAAUUCCUAUAAUCAUUCCAAACAUCGAACCAUUGGAAUGAAACCGGCAGAUGUGAACGAAAAUAAUAAAGAUGAAGUCUGGACGAAAAUUUACGGAUAUCCGUUAUCCCAUUUCCCAAAACCGAAAUUUAAAGUCGGGGAUCGCGUAAGAGAUAUGAUCGUACAGGGAACAUUCGAAAAAGGAUACACGCCGAAUUAUACCAACGACGUUUUGGAAGUGUUUCGCGGUGAUCCGAACAUGUAUAAACUCAAAGAUUCCGACGACCCCGACAGAGAAAUUUUAGGAAGAUUUUAUGAACAUGAAUUAUCGCUGGAUUUAAGUACUAAAUAA